AUGUCUUCCUUCGACUUUCAAACCUUCCUCCACUCGCCCUCCAGCUCGUCCGUCCCAGCCGGUAGUCCCGAACCCAUCUCGGCGGAUCAACAGGAAAAACUCGACGAGCUGAUCAAGAAAUUCGGGGACGAGGGGUAUGUGCUGGAAGGCGAGAAGUUGACGGGGUGGGAAAUGUCGUUCUUGUCCCGAGAAGGUCUCCUCCGUUUCCUCCGCGCAGACAAAUACGACCUCCAACUCUGUAUCGACCGGAUCGAAAAGUGUCUCGUCUGGAGGCGGAAAGAGGGGAUGGACGACCUGGAGGGUUUGGCCAAGCGGGUCGAGGGUGAGCAAAGGACCAAAGGAGGUCAAUUCGUAUUCGGGUACGACAAGUCCUCCCGACCCGUCAUCUUCAUGCAUCCGAGCAGACGGGAAGAACCGCCUAGCGAGUUGGGUUUGGUACAUCUGUUUUAUUUGUUCGAACGGGCGAUCGAUUUGAUGCCCAAGCACGUCGAGAAGACGGCCUUCCUCAUCGAUCUCGGUGGCAAGAGGAAACAUUCAACACCCAUCGGGCUAGCUAAGGAGUGGGUGUCGGUGCUUCAGUCCUGUUACCCCGAACGACUCGGCCUCGGGAUCAUCGCCAACGCCCCCUGGGCACUAAGCAUGUUCCUCUCCCUCGUCCUCCGCUUCUGCGACCCAGCCACCCGGGCCAAGAUCGUCGUCGCCGGCUCGUCCGACCAAGGCAAAAACCUCAUCGCGGACACGGUCGCCGAAGACCAGUUACAGGCCGAGUAUGGCGGCAAGCAUUCGAUCCCCUGGGACGUCGAGGUGCACGAGAGGUAUUGGCCGGCCUUGAUCGAGGUUUGUAGGAAGAGACGGGCGUUCAGGUUGAAGAGGUGGGAAGAGUUGGGAGGGACGGUCGGGAUCAGCGAGGAGGAGUGGAAGGGGAGGGACGAGUAG